AGCCCCGUGAUGUUUGUGAGCAGCAGCUGACGCCGCCGCCUGGUUACCGACGAUAAGCCGCCGCCGCGGACCCGCUCCCCGUCUCUUCACUUCACUUCACUUCGCCUUCCUCCCCGUUCCUCUGCCGUGGCUGCACGAUGCCCUUCCCGCUGCCCCUCAAAAGGGAGAAUGUCUUCAGCUCGUACGACCACAACUUCUUGCCCGGAUAUGGAGGAUUCGUCCCAAAGCUGCAGAGCCGUCUGGGCGAGACGUAUGGCAAUGCCACCCUCGGGCUGCUGUCGUAUGAACCCGGGCAACCCAAGUCACCGCGUCUAACUCUGACCCAGUCAAAAGCACUGUACAAUCCCCAGGUCCCGAGACACCUGUUGAACAGGACCUACGGCCAUCCAGAGAUUUCCACGUACGCAGGACAGGUGCAGAAGACAAACAUUAAAAACGGUUACUUCUACCCCAGGGACGGUAAAUACUAUUUUGCCCUGAAGAAUUACGUCUACGACAACAACCCCGAAGCCACCUCUGCCAUUCAGACAAUUGAAGAGCUGAAAAGACUUGAAAGGAUGCAGUGUAAGAGGAGCGACAUGAUUGCAUCUUGGAGAACAAUGAGGCCGCCGCCCCCUGUGGCUUCGGAAGGAAUUAAACCACCCACCAGCUGCAAUUUCUUGCCCCUGGUAUGUUUUGGCCCAACGUUUGAUCCAUGUCCCAUGAACAGGAUGGAGAUGUUCCAAAGCCAAGACCAAAACCAAAUGGACCCAAAGCCAACAGAACAGCACAGCAGGAUCAUCUACAGAAGUGAUUCUGCACUCAGUGCUGGUUACAGCGGUUUUAUACCAGGUCAACAGUAUAAGGUUGGCAAGAAUUGGAGCCGCAGCACGUUUAACGCUCUUGGGGUCGGCAAGAAGAUUACUGCAGAGUCACCAUGCCCUACAUUCUAGGAGGCAACAUUUUAGGCAAUUGAAUUCCAAAUCUCUACAUUCUGCAAGAGCAGUAUUAAAGUCUGAUUCGAUUUCCUAAUUUGUUGAGGUCGCUCUUGAUCAGGUUCGUCGAAUGCAAUAAAAUUGAAUUUGGAGC